AUGGACGAACAGUUUUACUCGUCCAUAUCGCUACUCGACUACUCGGUGAUUCUACAGGACUGGUCAGCAGCACCAGACAAGAAACAGACCUCAAAGCGCCGUGCCGACGCUGCUCCUUCUUCUACAUCUACCUCUUCUACUACCGACGGGUCCUUAGGAGCCAACAAACGCAGCUGUGUCACCCAGGCAUGCGACCACUGUCGUCAACGCAGAGUCAAGUGUGACCUGACAAAACCUCGUUGCUCGCAGUGUGAACGAGUCGGCAACGACUGCACCUUUCUCAUACAACCCAAGAAGCGUGGACCCGCAGCUAGAAGUGCUAUCAAAAAGGAGGCGUCUCACGAGCAGCUCACUCUAGAUACCUCCAAUCAUCCUCGAGACUCGUCGCAGGUCAAUUGGGCUCAGCAGCAGCAACAACAACAAGAGCAGCAGCAGCAACAACAAGAGCAGCAGCAACAACAACAAGAGAGGCAGCUGCAACAAGAGCAGCAACAACAGCAACAACAGCUGCAACAGCAACAACAGCAACAACAGCUACAGCAGCAGCAGGAUAACUACCAUCGGUUGCCUUCACCCCGGUCCCAAUCACCUCCAAGUCUGUCUAUACCAUACCAACACCACCACCAGCAGCAGCAGCAGCAGGAUGGCCAUCAUCAACUGCUUCAGCAGCAACAGAUGCUUCAACAGCAACAGCAGCAACGUCAACUUCUACAGCAACAACAACAGCAUCAGCAUCACCAAUUGCUACUUCAACAGCAACAACAAAGACAACAACAACAACAUCUGCAGCAACAGCGACAAUCACAACAGCACCCACAACAGCACCCACAACAACAACUACACAAUAUACAGCAGCAGCACCAAUUGCAACAUCAUCACCAAGUACAGCAACACCAGCAACAACAGUUCCCUCAACAGCAACAUCCACGACAUCAUCAACAACAACACCAGCAACAGUUGCAAGAGCACGAAGGACUUCAACCAGUGGGCAGGAGCGCUGGGCAACUUGAUGUUGAGCUGUCGAAUAUCUUCAGCGAUUACAUCCAAUGUCCGAUUACUAGCCCUUCUCUAUCGACCACGAUUCCACCUGGGAACCGGGCACCUUCUUCCUAUGACAUUGUAAACUCGAGAACAAGUGGACCUACAGCACUCUUCCCCUCCGUGGGGUCAACAUACAGGACGAGUAAUGCUUCCUCACUCGAUGCCAGACCCUCUCCGGAUCCCAGCCCGCAGGUCUCUGACUACUCAAGCAUAUCGAAUUAUUCCAUGUCUCCUUCAGUCGUCGGCACACCGCCGCCUAUACCAUUGCCCACAUCACUGUUUACAACGGCUUCAGCAGUUCCUUCCACCAACCCCUUCUCCAAGGAGGUGACCGACGAGCUGGUCGGGCUGUUUUUCGAGUACAGUUUCCAGGAUCACCAUUUCAUCAACCCGAUCGCGUUCCUCAAAUCAUACGCCAAUGGAUCAGCCAACCCCACGCUCCUCGAUGCGAUAUGCAUGGUCGGAGCACGUUUCUCCACUCACCCCUCCGUUCUCAAGAACCCACCACAUACAUCAGGAGAACCCUGGGCGGAAAGGAUUCGAGCACGGAUCGGCAUGCUUAUCAUGGAAAACUCGAUCGACAAUGUACACACCCUGGCGUUGCUAUCGUUCUACGAGUACUGCACAGGAAACAGUCUAACCGGGUAUCGAUUCGAGGGAAUUGCAGGAAGGAUGGCGCAGGAGCUGAUCCCCCGGAGUAAAUUGGAGAUUCGGCAUUCGUUUCCUUCGGAGGAAGCUCGGUUGGUUUUCGAGGUCAAUGUCAGGACAUUCUCGUAUCUUUUGUUGUGCGACUGUCUUUCAGCAGCAAUAUCGGGCCUUCCACCUUCGCUGGGCAACACAUGGCAGAACGUGGCGAUCCCAAGUGACGACAUUGAGUGGUGGGCUGACAAACGACAAGACAGACACGAGAAAAAGCCCUUGGACGAUUUUACAGAGCUGGUUCUAAACAGGAUCAGGCGACCUCGGCACAUUCGCGGAUACGGGUCCUACGAGCACAUUUGCUCCAUCUUCCAAAUCAUGCCCUUGAUUGCCAAGUUCACCAAUGCUGGAGUUGAGAAAGACGAGUCCGCUCAGCAAUCAGGACACGUCAACACCAACCUGUUCUCGAGUCCUGAACGCAAGGCGCAAUAUAUCCAUCUAGGACAGCAGCUGGAGAACUUUAGGAACAAGGUGCCGGAGGAGUAUGACCCAUGGAGAGCUAGGAUCAACAUCUCGCGAGUGGAUAUGAACGCCAUGGGAGUUUCGACCUACUAUUUCGUCCUCCAGAUUUUGCUCCACCGACCCAUUCUGAUCAGGGCGACGACGCUAGUCCAGGCCAACCAGGCGGCAAUACAUCAUCAAAGCAUAGAGCAGGGGCUGGAUGCCAAUGGUGGUGUCGCCGACCCUGGUAACAAUGGCGAGGAAGACGGUUACAACAGCGGUACUGACGACCUCAUGGAUCAGGACGAGGACGAGGAGGCGGUGAACGAUGACCGGGCGCUUCUGAGAACGGCUCUGGAGACGUGUUCCCUUGCCGCCAACGAGAUUGUCGGAAUCAUCGAGCACUAUAGCCAUGACUGGAUCAAAUACCGCGGCAACGUCAUGUCCUACCAGGUCUUUAUCGCAGCCACUGUGUAA